AUGAACGCCGACGUUGUCACUGUCUUGCUCGCGCUCUGUGCUACAGUCGGAAUCUACGUCUUCAACGUCGGACGACGAAAGAAGUUUUAUCCUCCUGGCCCACCCACCGUGCCACUCCUUGGAAAUGCCCAUCUCGUGCCUAACGAAUAUGCACAUCUUCGUUUCACUGAAUGGGCACGAGCCUACGGAGAUAUCUACUCUCUCAUGGUUGGAAACGGAGUCAUCGCGAUUCUUACUAGUCACAAGGCUGUGAAGGAAAUCAUUGACGUUCAGGGCAACUACACGGCAGAUAGACCUCAAACAACGAUUGGCGACACAGUCACCGGAGGCGUGCAUAUGGCCCAAGCCCAUUCAGAUGACCCGCGGUGGUCGAUUCUCCGUCGUGCCGUUCGCAGCGUGCUGACGAAGCAAAAAUGCGAAGAACAUUGGCCCAUCCAACGAGCCGAGUCUGUUCAGCUUAUGCGUGAUAUCAUUCACGACCCUCACAGUUAUCAUAAGCAUGUUAAGCGCUACACAUUCUCCGUGAUCUCGUCCAUUGUAUACGGUGCCCGUUUCCCCCGAUUCGACUCGAAAGAGUGCACCGACUUUUACAACAUGAUCGACAAGUGGUCGGAGUUGAUGGAGCCUGGAAGGCACCCUCCAAUCGAUCUUCUUCCCGUCCUCAAACUCAUUCCAGAACGCUUUGCUUUAUGGAGGCAAGAGUCGAAGGUUGUGCGACAAAUGCAACACCAUCUCUACUUCCACAUGCUGGAUUGUGUCAGAGGCCGACUUGCUCGUAGCGAAGGCGUUGGAGCUUUCAUGGAGGACAUCAUUCAAACGCAAGACCAACUAGGAUUGGAUAGGGAAUUGAUGGCUUAUCUGGGAGGGGUGCUCCUUGAAGGCGGUGCUGAUACGACGGCGUCUUAUCUCAACUCCCUUCAUCUUGCCAUGGUCGCUUUCCCAGAGGUACAGAAGAAAGCACACGAGGAACUUGACCGUGUAGUUGGUCCGGAUCGACUCCCAACUCUGGAGGACAUACCAUCCCUACCAUACGUCCGUGCCAUCAUCCGUGAAGUGCACCGCUGGAGGCCCGCUGCUCCAUUGGGCCUCCCACACGCGUCAACGCAGGAAGUCCAGUACAACGGAUACGUCCUGCCAAAGGGCUCUACGAUUUUUAUCAACAUAUGGGGUAUCAACCACGACCCAGAGCUGUUUGAACGGCCGGAAGAUUUCUGGCCUGAUCGCUUCAUGAAGAACGAGCACGGAAUGCGGGACGGCGUUGACGUCAGCGCUUGGAGAGACAAGCUCAUCUUUGGCGGCGGCAAGCGUGUCUGCCCUGGCACCAAUCUCGCGCAUAACUCGGUCAACUUCAACACCGCGCUCCUCCUUUGGGCAUUCACCUUCGAACAAUCAGUCGAUCCCGUCACCAAGCGUCCGCUAACGCCGGACGUGUGGGACUACACCAAGGGGCUCUUCAUUAUGCCGAACAAGUUCCCCAGCGAAAUCGUCCCCCGUAGCCGUGCUCGCGUCGAGUUGAUCACCCAGUCUCUGCGUGACUCGUCUGCUCUGUAUUCGCAAUUCGAAACACAACUCGACGCAGAUGACAAGACCUACCUUGAAUCUACUUGGCGAUCUUUGUCAUGA